AUGGCCUUCAUCAAGCAGGUCGGGACCCUCAUGGGGAAGAACUUCCGCAUUCUUCUCUGGCGUCACUUGGCAUUAUGUAUUUGGAUGGCCUUCAUUUUACCAGUCUUUCUGGCCGCCUUGUUUAGUUUUACAAAAAACCUCCUCGUCCCUCCCGCUAAGUUCGGGAUUGGCAAUGUCGCUCCCUUGAUGCCUCUCGACGAGGCAAUUUCAAAAGCAACAAACAAUGGCCGUGAGAAACUGGUCCUUGUCAACAACGGCAACAACGAUACAGACGUCAACCGCGUAUUCGACACCGUGAAAUCCAAGUUCGAGGAUGCUGCUAAAUCUGCUGAAGUCGAAUUUGAGGUUGUAUUCGUCGAUAAUCAGGACGAAUUGACCAACAACUGCCCCAGCAACCUGAGAGGUGUUUCGAGAUGUUUUGGUGCUAUUGUCAUGGAGUCAUCCUCGACAGGUAUCUGGAACUACACCAUUCGUGCCGACGGAGCUUUCGAAUAUGCCCCUGCAAAGUUCCGCGUAGACAAGCCCAAUGACCAACAAAUCUACAUCAUCCCGCUUCAACAUGCCGUUGACCAAGCAAUUUCCCGUCUCAACAACUCGGACAGCACAACCUUGGACGACAUUUCCGAGUACCCUUACACCAGUUUGACACCGGAAGAGCGCGACAGAGAGAUUCGACGACGGUUCCAAAAGGCGAUCAAGGGCUGGAUGGGUGUGGCCUUUUUGGGCACUGUUGUUUGGGUCACCUACCAUCUCACUGGUUUCGUCGCUACAGAGCGUGAGAGUGGAAUGUCUACUCUGAUCGAUGCCAUGAUGCCAGUUCGGAAACCCUGGCUUGCUAUGGUCGCAAGAAUCAUUGCCCACCACCUUUCAUUCUCUCUCAUUUACCUUCCGGCUUGGGUUAUUGGCUCUAUAAUUGUUCGCGGAGGUGUUUUCGCCAAGACCAGUAUGGCUAUCGUUAUUGUCUUUCACGUCAUCACAGGUCUCGCCUUUUCUUCUGUAUCUAUGCUAUUUGCAUCGAUCUUCAAAAAGGCACAGCUCAGUGGUAAUACUGCCAUCUUGGUAGUUGCAAUUAUUGGCAUUGUGUCACAGGUCCUGACUCAACCUGGAACGGUUCCUGUUGCUGUGUUGUCAUUGUUAUUCACUCCUUCUGCGUUCGUUUUCUUCAUCGCCGACAUGGCUCGUUUUGAAGAGCAAGAGAGGCCGACAAAUCUUUUUGAAAGGGCUCCAAAUAGCCCUUCGGCCAUUCCAGGAAUCGUCCUCUGGGUGUUUAUAAUCAUCCAGAUCUUUGCUUACCCGUUGAUUGGAGCCUUUAUUGAACAUGCCCUGUUUAGCAACGACACCCCAGGCCGCAAGAUUCUUUUGAACCAGUCCGACGUUGAUCGAUUGGGUAGCAACGCUGUUCAGCUGCGACGGUUCUCCAAGACGUACAACCCCAAUUUCUUUUCGAGACUUUUCCGCCGGGGCGCCAACAAGAAACAGCCUGUUCAUGCUGUCAACGGACUAGACCUUAACAUUGGCCAAGGCCAGGUCGUUGCUCUCCUCGGAGCCAACGGUAGUGGAAAGAGCACGACGCUUGAUGCCAUUUCAGGCAUGAACAAGUUGACUAGUGGAUCGAUCGAAAUAGAUGGCCGCGGCGGUCUUGGAAUUGCCCCCCAGAAGAAUGUGAUUUGGGACGACUUGACGGUAGAAGAACACAUUCGUAUUUUCAACCACCUCAAGGCACCCAACGCGAGAGCCGACGCCCAACAAAUCGAAGAACUCAUCAGAUCCAUUGACCUCUACCCGAAACGAAAGGCCUUUGCCAAGGCACUAUCAGGCGGUCAAAAACGAAAGCUUCAACUUGGACUUAUGUUGACCGGAGGCAGUGCUGUAUGCUGUGUUGACGAAGUCAGCAGUGGCAUUGAUCCCCUAUCCAGACGGAAACUUUGGGAUAUCAUUUUGGCCGAACGUGGCAGGCGUACCAUGAUCUUGACGACUCACUUUCUCGACGAAGCCGAUCUUCUUGCCGACCACAUCGCCAUCCUGUCCAAGGGUACUCUACGCGCCGAAGGCUCUUCCGUGGAGCUAAAGGAUAAAAUGGGUGGUGGAUAUCGAGUUCAUGUUCCGAAAGACAUCGGUGUCCGUGAAACACCUGAUGUCGACGGAGUCGUGAAGAAAGAUGCCUUUGAUCUCAUUACAUACACUGCUCCAUCGUCACAACUUGCUGCUGUUGUCAUCAAGAAUCUUGAGGCUGCUGGUGUCAGCGAGUAUCGGUUCUCGGGGCCAACCAUUGAAGAUGUUUUCUUAGAGGUCGCUGAAGAAAUCAAAGAUGAAGAGGCUUUCCGUAACAACAACCAAGCUUUAUCUCCACCCUCAACAGAGAAAAUGUCAUCAAAGGAGAACAGCAUCGAGAAGCCGGGAUUGGAGCUUACAAACGGACAACGCAUCGGAUAUGUGAAGCAGGCCAAGAUCCUCUUCCGCAAACGUUUAACGAUUCUCAAGCGAAACCGAAUUUUGUACUUGUUCGCCCUUCUUCUUCCUAUAUUUGCCGCCGGGUUAACAUCAAUCUUUGUCAUGAACGAGGCCACACCCAGUUGUCAACCGGCAGAUCAAGCCUCUCGAACCACUUCCAGGCAAGACAUUUUCAGCCAAAAAGGCGUUGAGGACCAAAUAUACUUCCUGGCAGGGCCGACUGAGAAGUUCACAGCGUCUCUAGACACGGUCGGUCAGAUUGGGUCUAUGUUCGGAUCUGGAUCUUCAAGCUUCAAAGGUCCUGGAAUCAUUACGGUUGAUUCUUUCCAGGCCUUCAAGGACAGGAUCGAAAGCGAUCGGAGGAGAAUCACCACUGGCUUUUGGCUUGGUGACGAUGUGCAAGGUCCUACUUUCGCCUGGGUCGCGAAUCUCUUCAUCUCGAGUCCCAUCCAAGCACAGCAGAUUUUGGAUGUAUUAUUGACCAAUACGACAAUCUCUACAGCAUGGAGUAACCUGGAGAUCCCUAUCAGCCCCUCUACAGGUGACUCGCUCCAGAUGAUUGUGUACAUGUCGAUUGCGCUUUCAGUCUACCCAGCCUUUUUCGCCCUGUACCCAAGCAAUGAGCGACGAAGGAAUGUUCGUGGUCUUCAAUAUUCAAACGGUGUCCGGCCAUUCCCGCUCUGGGUCGCAUACCUUUUGUUCGACCUUCUCAUAGUUUUGCUUGCCACCAGUAUUGGAACAGCAAUUUGGGCUGGUGUGUCAGACAUUUGGUUUCACCUAGGAUACGUUUUUCUCAUCCUGUUUCUCUACGGAAUAGCCGCGACACUUUUCGCAUACAUUAUUUCACUGUUCACCUCAACACAGCUGGGGACUUUUGCCUGGUCUGCAGCGAGCCAGACCCUUACUUUUGUCGUGUACAUCAUCGCAUACAUGUCUGUGUUGACAUACACGCCAGUGACCAAAGUCGACAGCAGCUUGCGGCUUGUUACGUUUCUCAUUUCUGCGUUUGCGCCUAUCGGCUCGGCAUUGAAGGCCCUCUUUAUUUCGACGAACCUCUUCUCUACAGCCUGUGAUGACACUGAGCUGACAACCAACCCCAGUGGCAUUCUUUACUAUGGUGGACCUAUUCUUUACCUUAUCCUUCAAUCGAUUAUCUUCUUUGGCCUCUUGAUUUGGCUUGAUACAGGAUCAGCCGGAGCCUCGAUCAGAGGUCUCCUUCACGGAAAAAAGAAAGAUACCGUAUCAGACGAGGAACAAAUCGACGAAGAUAUCAUCAGCGAGCGCAACAAGGUCACCCAGAACUCAGAGAAUGAGCACGGCCUUCGAGUUAUGAAUCUCACGAAGACCUUCCGGGACAAUACGGCCGUGGACAACGUCACUUUCGGCAUUAGACGCGGCGAAGUGUUUGCACUUCUUGGACCCAACGGUGCUGGAAAAUCGACGACAAUUUCCCUUAUCCGCGGUGACAUAAAGCCUGACCGAAACGGCGGUGAUGUGUUGGUGGAGGAUAUCUCUAUUAGCAAGAACCUUGCUGCUUCUCGUGCUAACCUGGGCGUGUGCCCUCAAUUUGAUGCUAUGGAUCAAAUGACAGUGCGCGAGCACCUCGAAUUUUAUGCCAAGGUCAGAGGCAUUGAGGAAGUAGAACACAACGUCAGGGCAGUUAUGCAAGCAGUGGGACUCGAAUCUUUUGCCACCCGAAUGGCGCAUGCUUUAUCGGGAGGAAACAAACGAAAGCUGAGUCUCGGUAUUGCCUUGAUGGGCAACCCUACAGUUGUGCUGCUUGACGAGCCUUCUUCUGGCCUAGACGCAGCUUCCAAGCGUGUCAUGUGGAAGACUCUGGAGGCUACAGUCCCUGGAAGAUCAAUUCUUCUUACAACCCACAGCAUGGAAGAGGCUGAUGCACUUGCUGGCAGGGCUGGUAUCCUCGCACGAAGAAUGCUUGCCCUCGGAACGCCAGAUAAUCUACGACAUCGAUUUGGAGAUGCUCUACACAUUCAUUUGGUCUCGAGCACUGCUCCACGAACAAGUGACGAAGAGAUGGCCCGAAUCAUGAACUGGAUUCGCACGACUUUGCCAUCUGCCGAUGUUGAUGAGAAGACAUAUCACGGCCAAAUACGCUUUUCGGUCCGCGCCGGCCAAGUCCUUGCAGCAACAUCGGGUCGCAGGGAAGAAGAGGUCACAAGAAAAGAUGAGGAUCUCAGCCAGAGCGCCAUUGGGCAUUUGGUUGUGUUACUUGAAGAAAACAAGGAUCAACUAGGUGUUGGUCAUUACAGUGUUAGUCCAACGACAUUGGAUCAAGUCUUCCUCAGUAUUGUCGGACAACACAACGUCAAAGAAGAAAAUUCCGAAGAAAAGACGGUCAGUCUUUGGAAGAAGAUAUGGAUGUUUGGGAGAUCAUAG